GCAAAUCGAGUUGAAUAUAUCAAGUGGGGCUAGAAGAGGAAAUGGCAAGGAAGUGCAGAUGCAGCAGCUGGUGUUUCCUAUCCCUUCAGACUCACAUCCCUCGUUACUGUACUUCCAAGCAGCUGGUGCCACUAACUCCAUCACUUAUCCCUUAAAUUUAUUAUCAACAACAACAGCAAGAAGCAUAAACCCUAUUCCGUCAUCGUCAUCGUCAUCAUCCCAACUCUUCGCUGCAUCUUCAAGACCUUUCCUCUCCAAAUUUAGAUCCUCUAAUCUGGAGGGGUCUUACACUUCAUUCAAUGACGACGACGACGACGACGCUGAUGAUGCUGACUCCGACACCGACACCGACACCGACUCCUUUGGAAAUUCUUUGUCCAACCAUAAAGAAGUUCAUGGCGUUGAGAUUGAGUUAGAAAAGAUUGGUAAAAAUUCUUGCAGAAUUCGGUCCAAGAUUGCUAUAAAUGCGAGUCUCGAGACCGUCUGGAACAUCUUGACGGAUUACGAGAGAUUGGCUGACUUUAUUCCUGGACUUGCUCUGAGCCAGUUGCUUGAAAAGAGAGACAACUUUGCCCGUCUUCUUCAGAUUGGACAGCAGAAUUUGGCUUUUGGACUGAAAUUUAAUGCUAAAGGAAUUGUUGAUUGCUAUGAGAAAGAUCUUGAGAGUCUUCCUUUUGGUCAAAGGCGUGAUAUUGAAUUUAAGAUGAUUGAAGGAGACUUCCAACUCUUUGAAGGAAAAUGGUCCAUUGAACAGUGCAAUAUGGACGGAUGCAAAGGUCGUAAUUCCUUGGUAGGCCAACAAUUUUAUACGAAUCUCGCAUAUGUUGUUGAUGUGGAGCCAAAGUUGUGGUUACCUGUUCGCCUUGUUGAAGGCAGAUUGUGCAGGGAGAUAAAAGGGAACCUUUUAUGCAUUCGAGAAGAAGCACGGAAAGCAAUGCAAGACACUCUUCCAGAUCAAUAUGUUAUGUAAGAAUGCCUUUUCCAGUUUAUUUUUUGAUAAUUACGUAUUCUACUAAGAUAACAAUAAAUUCUAGUAUAUUAUGUUGGGAUUCUGAAUCUUAACUACUGUAGAGAUGUCGGGUACCUUUCUCCUUUUCACAUCCUGUGAUUGGACUGUUAAUGAUUGGUACUUGAUACUCAUUGACUCCCACAAGAGGCAUCUCAUUUUGUUAUUUGUGAUGCAAUUAGCCUAAUGACUUCAACAUUUCAUUUUUUA